AGAAAACUGAACUCCCCAUUCUGAUGACAGUCUCAGUACACCAUGCCCCACCCACCACAUUUUCACCAUUCAACUCAUUGUCCAACAACCCAUGCCUAAAUAACCCCAAUCUCUCUCAUUACCCAAUUUCCUCUCAACCUCAUGAAGCACAAUUAUGCAAAACGCACAAGUAAAAGCAGGAGAAAUGUAUGCUUUGUUUAACUGAAACAUCAAGGCCAACUGACUGGUUUGACUUCAUUUUUUUAAAUAUUAAACCAUCGUAUUCCUCUUUCAUAUAGGGGAUUGCUGACUUCCUGAAUUCAGUAAGGGGUGGGUGUACUCUGAAACUCUUGGACAACAUUCCCAGAGGACUUCAUCUGUUUGGAAAGCACUGAAGAGUUGGCAGCGGUGCUUAAAAGUGCUGUCAAUGGGUCAACGGCAAGAGCUGGUUAAAAUGCGGUUUUAGGGCACAUGCGGAACCUACUUAAUGAGAAACUGACGGAGCUCAGUAUACGUUUCAAUAAGACCUCGAGAAUCCUGGUGUGCUUAAAAGCUUGAGAACCACAGGUUAAAGGUCAUCUUUAAAAUAACGUAUGGAGAACUUCAGUUAAUUAGAGAAAAGAUACGGUAGUUAGGACAAGAAAAAUCUCAUAGAAAACCAGACGUGCUACGUAAAACCCUAGCGAAACUUUCAGCCAUUUGGAUAAGACGGAUCACAUUUUUCUUUGAUGUUUUGCCUAUUUCACACCAGCUGGGGAAAAAAAGACAAAAAGCAAGCACGCCACACAGAAAACCAGGUGCCUCAAGUUCGCCUAACGGUGACCAUGUCCAUAAUGAUCUUAGGAAGCAAGCCCAUCUCUCUGGGACUCAGUUUCAGGCUCUCUAAGGGAGGCGAAAAAGCUGUGCAACAGAUUCUUUCUCAGACGCUCUGGAUCCAGCCCUGACUGCACCAGACUUCUCCCCUCCCUGUCUGUUCUCCCCAGUCCCUCUCUUCCGGAGGCCGUUGCUUGCACAGAGGCAGCGGAGGUCGUCUGGGACGCCCUCUCCGAGCUAGUGAGGAUUUUCCGGGGAUGCCAGCCACUCUUUCGACGUUUCCUUUGGGGGAGAUCCGAGCGAGUUUCUUCCACCUGGAUGGUUGUAGCCGGUUGAUUGACACCGUGGGAGAGAUGUAACAAGAAGGCAGUGUAUGGAGCAGCAAGUUUAAUGGUUUAGAAAUGCGGUUCCAAGCUCUUGCUGUACUACUUAUCCUCGUGGCUCUCUGGACCCAUCACCCAAGCUGAAGCUUCAGACUUUUCAUCUGCAAAAAAUUUGUGACAGAGCACCCAGUAGACAUGAUGAACAUCAAGGCCUUCACCUUGGUUUCUGCAGUGGAGCGGGAGCUGCUGACGGGUGACAAAGAGCACAUCAGCAUUGAGUGUGUGGAGUGCUGUGGCAGGAAUCUCUAUGUCGGCACCAAUGACUGCUUCAUUUACCACUUCCUGCUGGAGGAGAAGGCCAUGCCUACAGGGACAGCCUCCUUCAUUGCCACCAAACAGCUGCACAGACACUUGGGCUUCAAGAAGCCUGUGAACGAGUUGUGUGCAGCCUCAGCUCUCAAUAGGCUGCUGGUGCUCUGUGACAACUCCAUAACCCUGGUUAAUAUGCUGAACCUGGAGCCAGUCCCCUCAGGAGCCCGCAUCAAAGGGGCUACAACAUUUGCAGUGAACGAAAACCCUGUGAAUGGAGACCCCUUCUGCGUGGAAGUGUGCAUCAUCUCAGUGAAGCGCAGGACCGUCCAAAUGUUUCUGGUGUAUGAGGACCGAGUACAGAUUGUCAAGGAAGUGUCCACUCCAGAGCAGCCUCUUGCUGUGGCUGUGGAUGGCUACUUCUUGUGCCUGGCCCUGACCACACAAUACAUCAUCCUGAACUACAGCACGGGCCUUUCCCAGGACCUGUUUCCCUACUGCAGCGAGGAGAAGCCACCCAUUGUCAAGAGGAUAGGCAGACAGGAGUUCCUGCUGGCUGGCCCUGGAGGCCUGGGCAUGUUUGCCACCGUGGCUGGGAUUUCCCAGCGUGCCCCUGUGCACUGGUCGGAGAAUGUGAUUGGGGCGGCCGUGUGCUUCCCCUAUGUCAUAGCGCUCGAUGACGAAUUCAUCACGGUUCACAGCAUGCUGGAUCAGCAGCAGAAACAGACCCUGCCCUUUAAGGAAGGCCACAUCCUGCAGGACUUUGAAGGAAGAGUGAUUGUUGCCACAAGUAAAGGAGUUUACAUCUUGGUUCCAUUACCUCUGGAAAAACAAAUACAGGAUCUGUUAGCAAGCCGGAGAGUGGAGGAGGCCUUGGUUUUAGCAAAAGGAGCCCGGAGGAACAUUCCAAAAGAGAAAUUUCAGGUAAUGUACAGGAGGAUUCUGCAGCAGGCAGGCUUUAUACAGUUUGCACAACUCCAGUUCCUGGAAGCCAAGGAGCUCUUCAGAAGCAGCCAGCUGGAUGUCCGGGAGCUGAUCUCUCUCUACCCCUUCCUGUUGCCCACCUCCUCUUCCUUCACCCGGUCUCACCCUCCUCUUCAUGAGUAUGCAGACCUGAACCAGCUGACCCAAGGCGACCAGGAGAAGAUGGCCAAGUGCAAGCGCUUCCUCAUGAGCUACCUGAAUGAAGUCCGCUGCACAGAGGUAGCAAAUGGCUACAAGGAAGACAUAGACACGGCCCUGCUCAAGCUGUAUGCAGAGGCUGACCACGACAGCCUCCUGGACCUCUUGGUCACUGAGAACUUCUGCCUGCUGACGGACAGUGCUGCCUGGCUGGAGAAGCACAAAAAGUACUUUGCCCUAGGACUGCUGUAUCAUUACAAUAAACAAGAUGCCUCUGCUGUUCAGUUAUGGGUGAACAUUGUGAAUGGGGACAUCCAGGAUUCCACACGCUCAGACCUGUAUGAGUACAUCGUUGAUUUUCUUACCUACUGCUUAGACCAAGAGCUGGUGUGGACCCAUGCUGACUGGCUGUUGCAGAAAAGUGAGGAGAUUGGAGUUCAAGUUUUCACCAAGAGACCUUUGGACGAGCAGCAGCAGACUCGUUUUAAUCCGGAUGACAUUAUUAGUUGCCUUAAGAAAUACCCUAAAGCCCUGGUUAAAUAUCUGGAGCAUCUUGUUAUCGACAGGAGACUGCAGAAACAAGAGUACCACACCCACCUGGCCAUCCUCUACCUGGAAGAAGUGCUGCGGCAGAGGGUGGCCACUGGCCACAAGGACGUAGAAGCCACUGAGACUCAGGUCAAACUCCGGAGGCUGCUCCAGAAGUCUGACGCUUACCACAUCCACUUGUUGAAAGAGAAGAUCCAGGGUGCUGGCCUGCCCAUGGAAAGCGCCAUCCUCCACGGGAAGCUGGGCGAGCACGAGAAGGCCCUGCACAUCCUGGUGCAUGAGAUGGGGGACUUCUCUGCUGCUGAGGACUACUGCCUGUGGGGCUCCGAGGGUCAGGACACAGCCUGCCGUCAGCGCCUCUUCCACACACUGCUUGCCAUGUACCUCCGCGCAGGCCCCUCUGCCCAUGAGCUGACUGUGGCUGCUGUGGACUUGCUGAACCACCACGCCAGGGAGUUUGAUGCCACCCAGGUCCUCCAGCUGCUGCCUGACACCUGGUCGGUGCAGCUUCUCUGCCCGUUCCUCACGGGGGCUAUGAGGGACAGCAUCCAUGCCAGGAGGACCACACAGAUGGCUCUUGGCCUGGCCAGAUCAGAAAACCUGAUUUACAUGUAUGAUAAGAUGAAGCUGAAGGGAAGCGCAGUCCGGCUCUCGGAGAAAAAGCUGUGCCAGCUCUGCCAGAACCCUUUCGGUGAGCCUGUGUUUGUCAGGUACCCGAACGGAGGGCUUGUGCACACCCACUGUGCUGCCAGCAGACACACGACCCCCAGCACACCCAGCCCUGGUACUCGGACUUGAAAAGCAUGGUUCCAGGCUGCAAAGGGGAUUCUGAGCUCUUUUCCAAACCUGCUUUGUGCCAGCCAGAACAAAGGGAAGGCACCCAGGUGCCAGGGAAACGCCAUCCCUGUGAAACGAGGGCUCCUCACCACUGAUUGUUCUUUGUGUGAAUGUAAAUGGAAAAGGCCUGAAACCCUGAGAAUCGUGACAGGCCAGAGACUACCCGUCCAGGAGGUUACAGUCAUCCAAAGCACAAGCCAACUUUGAAGAGCAGGCAGUGUAGCCUGGGUGAUCUGGACACAGGUGGGGUCUGGAGAUGAGGUCCACCUAGCUCAGGCGAGUGUCCAGGGUGCAGAGUCCUGAGGUGGGCACCUCGCCUUACGAGGAGGUGUGCUCUUCACGUAGGCUCCGCAUCUGCCCCUAAGGUGGACAUAGUUUCUGUUCUUCCCAUCCAGUUGUCAACCUCAGAAACCCUCUGUCUUGUUCUCUUAACCACUCACUUGGUGUGAAGUCCCAUGCUUCUGACUGCCUGGCACACAGAGAUCUCUGUAGAAACAGAUAAAGCUGGAAGCAGGCGGGGUGGUGAAAUGAUUCAGUGGGGAAAGGCACUUGCACCAAGCCUGACGACCUGAAUUCAGUCCCCCUCAAGUGGAAGCAGAGAACCAACACACACACACACACACACACACACACACACACACACACACAAAUACACAAAUGUAAGGGGGAAAAAAGAGACCUAAGUGGGAAGCUGCUUUGCCUGUCCUCAAGACUGCAACAGAAAGGGGGCCCAGGUUGUGAUGGCCCAGGGACAGGUUCGUUUUCAUGCACUUGACUGGAAACACCUUGAUGGGCAUACACGACUACAUGUUUUCAUUUGAAUUCAUACUAUCUGUAGUUUUCUCUCAUUUGGAAUUUCCUCAGUCAUAGUCAUUACAGAUAUCUCUUUCCUCAUUAAAAUGUACCUCCUACUGAAUACUUGGGAAAUGCAAAGGGAAAUGUGACGAAUAAAACCGAUGAGCCUUCCAGGAGAGGCUGGCAUUGGCCUCCGCCCUGUAGCCGGCAGCCAGCAGCGCUGCUCACCCGUUCUUCCCGCGGGUGUUUCUGCAGGACCGUGGGCGGCAGUCUGGCCAGGCCGCCUGAUCUGCCAGCACUUUCUAUGCUUGCCCUGAGCUUUCCUGAACCCUCAAAGGAAAGGUCUCAUCCGUGACCAACUAGACUUGGUGUGUCUGUGUCGUGUCACAGACAAGCUGCAGCUCUUGCCUCUUCACUGCCCUCUUCCAUGUCACCCAGCCAUCCCCAGGACAGACAGCACACCCUCUACGAUGAUACCUGACAGGAAGCAUCUCCUGGGCUGACAGGAUGGCCCCAGAGCACACACCCCGCCCCUGCCCCCUGCCAGACCUUCCCUCACUGUCCACUCUUUACAGAAUGAUUCCUGUACUUAGAAUGAUCAGUGUAUUUCUUUUCCUUUUGGGAUCCUGAGUAAGCCAGGAAGUAAAAGCAUCUGUCACUAUUCAAGGGACUGACACCCUUUUCCCUGUGUGUGUGGAGUGUCUAAGAAUAAAUGAAGUCUCCUUGCAGCACCACUGUGUCCCAAGGAUGGACUGAGAACACUCUUCUCACUGUGUGUCAUCACAGUCUAUGGAUUGGCUAUUAAUCCUCAAAGAACAAGUUGCCCCGUGAGUAAAGUCAAACCUGAAAGCGCUAUUCUCCCUGCACAAGAUGGGUGUGGUCUCAGGAAGGGCUUAUGACUGCUCACUCCCAACCUGGGGACACUAGUCUCUUCUCUGAGUAUUGGUUGACAAAGUUGAACAGUCCAACCCCCACCGAAUCCUUUAAAGCAAACAGUUCUGCAAGGCAGAGAAUCACCUCCCGUGUUAGGAAUCCUAUUCCCUCACCUUCCCCACACUCUCCCAAGGGCCGUUUCUCAAAUCCCGUUUUAAAGAUGAACACAUGGUCCUCUCACAGCCUGUGACUGUCCCUCCAAUGAGUGGUGCAAUGCCAAGCGGAACUCGGGCCUUCUCCCUCCCUCUAGGCCCCGGCAGCCAUCCUAGUCAGAGCAGCAUGGGCUGAGAUGGGUUCACACUCGUAUUUCAUUUGGGGAACUGUUUAUCUGCGGUUGCGUACCAGGUGUUAGUGUAGGCCUGCCACCUAGGCUGUGGGCACCGGGUGUGAACACAGAGCAGAGAGAGGCUUUGUGAGCCGUGCUUGACACCCCUGGAGCACAGAGAAGUGGGUGCUGGGUCACACUGUCCCACGGCACCUGUCGCGCAGCGGGGGCAGCCCCUUGCUUCCUGCUUGCUUUCCCACGGGAACCUCUGUCCUCACAGCUUCCUUCGCCUCUCAGUGGGUCCCAAAUCCACAAGAUGUACAAAUGUAAACUUGUUGAUUUUAUUAAAAUUCUUCUAAUUCUU